GACACGUUUGAAAUAGCUAACUUCUUUGCAGUAAAUAUCAAACUCUCGACGUCAAAUUUCUGAAUAUUCAAGAAAACUUGAUGUAGAGAAAUGUGAAUUUAAAUAUGACUACUACUACAAAAAAUAGUCUAGGAGAAUUAGCUAUUGAAGCUUCAGAAAUAGUUAGCCGGCUAGAGCAAGCAGCCGAAGGCUUACCUAUACCUGAAACUUCCCACAAUCAGACCACUGUAUUUUUGGGAUUAGAAAAGAAACAUACAGAUGAUAUAAUUAAAAUUAUACAUGGACUCGUCAGUACUGAUGAAGAAGGGGAGCCUCUUACCUUUCCUUCUUUGGAUAGUGUUACCAAAUUAGUAAUGAUUUCACAUAGUUUAGCUGUUUAUUGUGGAGGUUUGGAUAGAUCUAUUGUACAGAAGUUGUCCACAAGAUUUACUACAGAUACUACAAGAUGGAUAAUACAAUUAUUUGGUUUUUUGGAUUGUUCAGCAUUUUAUCAUGAAGAUCAUUUAGAGGGAUUAGUAAGAGUGACACGCAUGAUGCUACAUUGCAAAUAUCCAAGAUAUUUAGAAGAUGGAACUCUUGCUUUAAAUAACUCAUUACCUACUAUUUAUAGUAGUGUUGCUAGUCCUCUUGGUAUUGUUCAACAUCUUUGUAGACAGCUAGGACUACCUCUAGCAUGUGUGAGACCUGUACCUGUCAACACAUACUUUGGUUCUCAGUAUACAAUGGAUGUAUCAGCUUUACAAAAAAUGUUAGCUGAUGAUGUAACUUCUGGCCGAACCCCAUUAUUAGUUAUAGCAGAUGCAGGUACUCCUGUGACUGGUCACAUUGACAAUAUUUCUAGAAUUAGGGAACUAUGUAAAGUCCAUGGAACUUGGUUGCAUGUUAGAGGACAUAGUGUGGCAGCUUUGGCUCUACCAAAUUACAAUCAAAAGAAUGGAACUAUGCCUCCAAUUGCAGAUAGUUUGACAUUAACACUUGGAAGUUGGUUAGGAAUCCCAGGACUACCGAUGGUUACUCUUUACAGGUUAUGGGAUGCUUCUAAUAAUAUAAAUCGUAACAAACAAGUUGGGGUUAGUAGAGAGAGUACUCUUCCCUUAUUAGCUGGAUUAAAUACUGAUCAUCAAAGUAGAAGAAUACUUUCUCUGCCUUUAUGGACAGGAUUACAGAACCUUGGAACAGAAGGUGUGCAUUCCAGAAUUAAAGAAGAUUUUUUGGCUAGUGAAAGACUGUGGUCCGCUUUGGACGUUUUUCGACAAGUUAGAGUUUUGAGUCCAAAACCUGGAGGAGAAAGUGGCACAUACACAGUGGCAGAACUAGUUGCGAAGCCAACUACUAUUCCAGUUUUAAUGGAGUCUACAGCUUGUGCAGUAGUUUUCCAAUUUGUCCCUGAAACAAACGAUGGAGAAUACACUUCCAGAGUUCCUCCAUAUUAUGACAAACUUAAUUCUUGGUUAGGUCAAAUUCUUCAACUUGAUGCUCCACAAAUUCCUAUAGACAUUUGUGAAUUGGAAAGUGCAGGUGUGGUGCUUCGAUACUGUCCAUUUGAAAAUGUUUGUGGUCAACAACCAACUACAGAAGAAAUGCAAGCUUUUAUUUUAUGUCUGGAACAACAAUUAGUUAUUUUAAAAGCUACUGUGCAUCAUAGAGAGAGCUUUGUGAAGUUAGUUGAUCUUUCACCUGUGCUUAAGAUUGUUGAUUUACCUGACUGGGCUGGUUUGGGUGGAGUUCGAUACUGUCCUGAAGGCUGGGAACAAUUGCUGACUGAUCAAGCUAAAGAAGAACUUAACCAUCUGAAUAUGGUUCUAGUUGAUACACUCAGAUCAACUGAUGCUGCAUUUUCACUGGGAGAAGGUGCUGACGGUUUGAUGUGUGUUCGUUUCGGAAUGUUAACUCCCGAAUCUGAUGUCGAUAAAUUAUUGGAUCUAGUCGUAAGAGUUGGACAGUCUGUCGAGGAAAAUUCUAGGGUCUUAGAUUCUAUGAGUGAGAUCGUUAAGAAAGGUAUUGAAACGGCAACAUUAGAUCUCCAAAAAGAGAAUGAAGAAAGGUUAUGGCAAGAAGGAAUUGUGCGACAUAUACCAAUUGUAGGUACUUUUGUAAAUUGGUGGUCUCCCAAAAUGAAAGAGAGCGGAGGAAUUCGAGGCCGUAGCCUUAACCUUACUCAAGGAGUGGUUGAAUCUACGGAAAAUAUUUACAAGUACCAUAUGCAAAUGGGCCAAGGCGUCGCUCCUGGAGGAAUAACUCCUCCAACACCACAAAUUCAAACACCAAUUGGAGGCAGUCAUUCAAGGUCUAGUAGUCACGCAUCAGCUUCAAGUCAGCAAUCAGCUAUCAAAUCUGAUGGUGCAAUUAAAUUGAACAGUGAGCUUUCUAAAUUAAAUUUGGAAAAUAUUUCAGAGAAAGUCAAUAGUGUGAAUAAGGAAAUAGGUUUAGAGAAUAAAGAAAAGAGUCAUUGUUAAAUGCUAGGCUAAGAAUGUUUUGAUAAAAGUUAUUGUUGCUGUUCAAUCAAUUCCAAUGGUAUACAAUUCAAAUAAUAAAUUUGAACAAUUCAUUGUAACAGAAUGAUUUUUCAGUUGGUUUCAAAAAGUUUAUAUGAGAAUACAAUUUCUGAUAACGCCAUAAAUAUGAUUUUCAAAAAUUGUUCGGUACACUUUAGUGUAUCAAAAAUGUGUUGGUAUUAAAGGGUUAAUAUUUAUUUUUAUAUUAACAACAUAUGCAGAUACUACGGAUCUUUAUAUCAAGAAAUUUGUCUUUUGUUCUGUUGAGACAUUUUAAUUUAAUCGAACUGAAGUUCUCUGUUUCAUCUGAAAAGUUAUGUCCCUAUAGUUUAGAACACCAGUAAUGUUCUGUUGUUGUUUGCCAGUUUUAAUGGUUUUCAAAGGUUUGUUAGGAACAAAUACUUCCAUUCAUCCAUUUGAAUUAGCUCUAUGAUUAAGUUAAACAGUUUUGGUAGCAGGUUAAAAAUCUCCAAUAAUAAUAUUUUUAAAAUGCCCUAUUCAACCGAUUUGAACACAAAUCUGAAUAAUGAAUUAUUGAUGAAAAAUAUUUCUAUUUUGAAAGAUGGAAUCAUCUUAAGAAUCUAAAAUUCAUUCAAAUUUUGAUCAUUGACAAGCUCCACUGAGGAGAAUCUUGAUAAAUAUUUUAUUUUCAGUUGAAGCUUUGAGAUAACCCAAGAUCAUGACUUUUAAUUACCAUAACAUCCCUUUGAAAAAGUUAAUUGUCCAUUCUUAUCUUGUAUCAGGUUAAAAUUGUUGGUUAUAGUAUUAGAAGAUAACAACAAAUAGAAAUAAAUUACUAUCUGAAGAAAAUAUGUGGAAAAUAAGAAUAAAAAAAUUAUCUACACACAAAAGUUGAAAACUAUAUUGAAUAAUAAACUUAUUUUUGCUGAUUUUUUCUAAAUAAAUAUUUCAGAGAAAAAUCAUUGCUCUGGAUAUCAUUCGACUUGGCCAAUUUGUGAUAAAAGAUGUCCAAAAUCAAAUGACACUUUACACACAAAAAAAACGGAGGAAUUAGUAGAAAUUGAUUUACAUGUGCCAUCGACAACCCAAAUUCGCGGCUGCACACUUUAUUGACGCAAAAAUAAUUAUAAGUUAUUGAAUUGAAAGUUAUGCCUGUAAGGUAAAAACCUAAAUAUUGGAUAUAUAAUCGAGUUCUUAAAUUUCAUGAAUAUCAUAUCUUUUCAUAAAGCAAAUAAAUAGAAUCUUCGCGCCUCUUCUACAUCUUAUUCCUCAAAUUGAGUGAUUUAAUUGCUUAAUUUAUCUAUAAAAAAUUUCAUUAAUAUCUCACAUAAUAUUUUGUAUAUGAGAUGCAAUUUUUACAUAUUAUGAUAUAGAUUGAAUAAUCCACUAAAACAAUAAUAAAUUCAGAAUGUGGUCAUUUUAAGUUCCAUCAUAUAAAAUAAACAAUCGACUUUUUUAUUGUACACCUUUGAUUUAUCCACAUUCUUCAAUUUUUAUAUCUAUAGUGAAUAAAGACCUUUGCAUUUACUUAUAUGAGUACAGCAGAUAUCAAAUUUACUUUUGAAUAUUACCAUUCUAUAAUAGUAAGGUCAGUAGUUAUUUUAUAUAGUUAACUUGAUAUUUAAAGCAGAAUGUGCAAUGUAAUAAGCUAAAGUAAAAUGUAUAAAAGAGAUUUUGAUAAAGAUUAGAAAUUUCUUCACAAUGCCAGUUGUUGUUAAUAGUUUUUAUUUAUCAAGAAAAUCAUUUAGAAGAAAUAAAUUGUGCUCACAAUUACUGAAUUGUAGUUGUAAUUAUUAUAAUUUUCAUAAAACAGAAGUGUUGAAGUUGUUUUAUUUAUUUAAAGUUAUCUUUGUUAUCAGUAUUUAUAUGUUUAGGUAUAAUUUCUUGCACUCUUUCUUAUUAUUUUUAAGCUUUUACCAAAAAGUGUGAUUGCUUUCGUAUUUUAAUACAUUUUAUGUUAACACGAAUGUUUUAUCAUUUAGCCUUUUAACAAGUUUUUCCAUAUUUUGCUUAUCACAUUACUAUUGCGACUUCAUAGCUACCCACAUUUCCUCAAAGAAAUCAGCAAUCUUUGUAUAGACUAAGCUGGAGAUCAAACUGAUCCUCAACUAGAUAAAUAUUCCGAUGUUCUAGAAUCAAGCUUAAUUCUCUCUUAAUAACAUAAUAAAACAAGUAUAAUUAAUAAAUUUAUUUAAUUACACUUGAAAAAUUAUCAAUAAAGAUGAAAAUUAUUCCCUUUUUAUAUGGGACAGCAAAUUCCAGCAUACCUAAAAAUUAGCCAGAAUUAUUAUUAUAUAAACAUAAUUACAUAAAUAAAUUCUAAUAGAAAAAUAAAAUUGUUCUGAAUUAAUAAAAGUAGUGAAUAAUAGGAUAUGUAUGUUCUAAUUAUUUGUCUCAAUAAUGUACAGCAGUUUGAAGAGCAAGAAGUAUGGAUCACAACCAAAAUCGACAAGGAAAUAAAUUAAAACAAUUGCAGUUACAAAUCUCACAUAAAAGACAGGCUCAUGAGUCUGUCGAGUUCAAUGAGCUUCCAUACCUUACAAAUAGUUUGGAAAGUAUUUUGUGGGAGAUAAGAAUUUCAAAUUUAACAAUAUUUAUUAAUUACUACUACACCAAAACCCACAAUACACUAACAGAUUCUCGUUUCAGUAUAAAAGGUUUGGACCUAAUUAGAUAUCAAAACAUACUUUAGACAGUGUAGUGGUGAGUUUUGGUCUAGUAGUAAUAGUAAAUAGUGUGUUCCAUAGGAAAUUAAAGUAAUUUUGUGGUUGAAUUGCAUUUGAGACAUGUGAUAUUAUCAAUGUAUAAUAGAUUUGGAUAUUCAAUUUUUGACCAGCUACACUAGAAGUGAUACUAAAUCUCCUACCUCUCCACAUAGUACUAGCGUGGCAUCACUUAGAAUAUUCCGAGACGGAAAAUUUUCCUCAAUAAAAAACUGUGAAAGCAAGUUGGAUGAAAACACCAUAUAAGAAACGAACAGAACUGCCAUUAAAUGGUAUCUGGACGGAUCUAAAACAACAGACGGAACUGGAAUAGGAGUGUACGGGCCCAGAAAUCUAUGCAAUUGAAAAAUGUGUUCAGUUCAAUCUAGAGAAGAACUAUCGCAAAGAAGGGAUCAUUAUUCUGUCCAAUAGUCAAGCAGCCAUUAGAGCUCUAAGUUCCAAUAUAAUAAAAUCUAAACUCGAUUGGGAUUUCUUAGAAAAAUUGAAAGUGGGGGCAGACAAGCCCUUUAUGGGACCCGAAUCCUUCUCUAGUAUCAGCUACAGAACAAUAUAAAAAGCAUUGGAAACAAAGGUAGAUAGGAUCAAAACCAAUUAUUGGGACUCUUCUGGAAAACUAUAACCAGAGAAGAUCUGCUGAAUGUAUCAGCCUUAGUAAGAACAAUCUAUGAAUACUAACAGGAGUCCUAUCGGGGCACUGUCGCCUCAACAAACAUCUGAAGACGCUAGGCUUAGCAGGUAAUGCGGCAUGCAGAUUUUAUUGCUCAGAGGACGAAACCUCUAUCCACAUUCUCUCGAAGUGUGAAACAUUACGGAACUCCAAAGUAUUACAUUUGGGGGCGCUUGAAAUAGAAGACGAAGAUCUCUGGCAAUUACAGCCAUCCUACAAUCUAGACUGUUUAAAAGAAGUGGGAUUGGUGGAUCAGCUGUAAAUACUGGGCUCUCCAGUAUCACAGCAAGAAAGGGGGGCACAAGAAAUCCUUUGGAUCGCAGUGUUAUGAUACCCCAAAAUCCAUACAUACAUACAUUGAAAUUUCUAUGUUUUGCAAAAUCAUUCCCAAUGCUAUGUUCAGCAGUUAUAAUUUGUAGGUGAAAAAUUAAAGUCCACAAUUUUCUAGUAAAAAAUAAAGAACAUCAACCUACUUUGGACCAUUUAAUAGAUCCAGUAGGCAUUGGUAAUAAACAAAAACAAAUUCAGUCCAAACAUAUUAAAAUCAAAUGUAUGUAGAUACAACAUACAAGUUAAUGCAAGAUUUGAACUAUUCUCAAAAUUUAGUAAAACGACAAAAAUACCAGAAAUUUCACAAAUCCAAACACUUCACUCAAGAAAAUUUCAUAAAAC